AUGUCUGCUGCCCAUUGUUUCUCCAGUACCAAUACCUUUGGAUGGGAGGUUUCCCUUGGUCGAGAAAACUUACAAGGCACAAACCCAAAUGAAUUUUCCAAAUCAGUGUCAACAAUAAUUUUACAUCCAAAUUAUGACAGUUUUACCAGUGAUAACGACAUUGCUCUGCUCAGACUGUCCUCAGCAGUCACUUUCACAGAUUACAUCAGGCCGGUGUGUCUGGCAGCCGCUCACAGUGUGUUCAACAGUGGCACUGAUAGCUGGGUCACUGGCUGGGGCACCGUUAGAGAGGGAGAACUGCUCCCGUUUCCCCAAACCCUACAGGAAGUGGAAGUGCCUGUUGUGGGAAACCGUCAGUGUAACUGUCUGAACGGCGUGGGCACAAUCACAGACAACAUGAUCUGCGCAGGUCUUUUGGAUGGAGGAAAGGACUCCUGUCAGGGAGACUCUGGAGGUCCCAUGGUCAGUAAGCAGGGCUCUGUCUGGGUUCAGUCUGGUGUCGUUAGCUUUGGUUUUGGCUGCGCUCGACCCAACCUGCCAGGAGUCUACUCCAGAGUUUCCAACUACCAGCCCUGGAUCAACUCCCACAUCAGCUCAGAUCAGCCCGGGUUUGUCCAGUUUAUGUCCAGUGGACCAGAUCCUGACACUAGCGCCACCUGUCCUGGUCUGCCCCCUCCUCCUCUUCUCACUACAACUGCCCCCACCACAAGACACAACCACAGUCCCAGAGCCAGAGACUACAGAGUGUGUGGCAUCACUCCUCUGAACACCAGGAUAGUUGGAGGCAAAGAUGCUCCAGCAGGAAGUUGGCCUUGGCAGGUCAGUCUGCAGAGGUUUGGCCGACACAUUUGUGGCGGAUCCCUCAUCAACCGGGAGUGGAUUAUGUCUGCUGCCCAUUGUUUCUCCAGUACCAAUACCUUUGGAUGGGAGGUUUCCCUUGGUCGAGAAAACUUACAAGGCACAAACCCAAAUGAAUUUUCCAAAUCAGUGUCAACAAUAAUUUUACAUCCAAAUUAUGACAGUUUUACCAGUGAUAACGACAUUGCUCUGCUCAGACUGUCCUCAGCAGUCACUUUCACAGAUUACAUCAGGCCGGUGUGUCUGGCAGCCGCUCACAGUGUGUUCAACAGUGGCACUGAUAGCUGGGUCACUGGCUGGGGCACCGUUAGAGAGGGAGAACUGCUCCCGUUUCCCCAAACCCUACAGGAAGUGGAAGUGCCUGUUGUGGGAAACCGUCAGUGUAACUGUCUGAACGGCGUGGGCACAAUCACAGACAACAUGAUCUGCGCAGGUCUUUUGGAUGGAGGAAAGGACUCCUGUCAGGUACUGUGCUGUUCUUAUCGGACUAACAUGUUGUCAGCAGAACAUAACAUCUCAUCUCACACAUGCACUGUUGUCUUUUAGGGAGACUCUGGAGGUCCCAUGGUCAGUAAGCAGGGCUCUGUCUGGGUUCAGUCUGGUGUCGUUAGCUUUGGUUUUGGCUGCGCUCGACCCAACCUGCCAGGAGUCUACUCCAGAGUUUCCAACUACCAGCCCUGGAUCAACUCCCACAUCAGCUCAGAUCAGCCCGGGUUUGUCCAGUUUAUGUCCAGUGGACCAGAUCCUGACACUAGCGCACCACCUGUCCUGGUCUGCCCCCUCCUCCUCUUCUCACUACAACUGCCCCACCACAAGACACAACCACACAGUCCCAGAGCCAGAGACUACAGAGGCAGAGCUGCUGGAGCCUACUGCAAAACGUCAGCCGACAACAACUUUACAUUAUUUGUUACAGUGUGUGGCAUCACUCCUCUGAACACCAGGAUAGUUGGAGGCAAAGAUGCUCCAGCAGGAAGUUGGCCUUGGCAGGUCAGUCUGCAGAGGUUUGGCCGACACAUUUGUGGCGGAUCCCUCAUCAACCGGGAGUGGAUUAUGUCUGCUGCCCAUUGUUUCUCCAGUACCAAUACCUUUGGAUGGGAGGUUUCCCUUGGUCGAGAAAACUUACAAGGCACAAACCCAAAUGAAUUUUCCAAAUCAGUGUCAACAAUAAUUUUACAUCCAAAUUAUGACAGUUUUACCAGUGAUAACGACAUUGCUCUGCUCAGACUGUCCUCAGCAGUCACUUUCACAGAUUACAUCAGGCCGGUGUGUCUGGCAGCCGCUCACAGUGUGUUCAACAGUGGCACUGAUAGCUGGGUCACUGGCUGGGGCACCGUUAGAGAGGGAGAACCGCUCCCGUUUCCCCAAACCCUACAGGAAGUGGAAGUGCCUGUUGUGGGAAACCGUCAGUGUAACUGUCUGAACGGCGUGGGCACAAUCACAGACAACAUGAUCUGCGCAGGUCUUUUGGAUGGAGGAAAGGACUCCUGUCAGGGAGACUCUGGAGGUCCCAUGGUCAGUAAGCAGGGCUCUGUCUGGGUUCAGUCUGGUGUCGUUAGCUUUGGUUUUGGCUGCGCUCGACCCAACCUGCCAGGAGUCUACUCCAGAGUUUCCAACUACCAGCCCUGGAUCAACUCCCACAUCAGCUCAGAUCAGCCCGGGUUUGUCCAGUUUAUGUCCAGUGGACCAGAUCCUGACACUAGCACCACCUGUCCUGGGCUUCCUUUACAAAUGAGUGCCAUGAGUCCUACUCCAGUAUUUUCGAUAAUAUACAUACUUUACAUUAUAGGCUCCUUUUGUGGUGUUGCUCCCAGUGAUUUUGUGAGAAAUGAGAACAGUAUUUCUCAGAUGUGGCCAUGGAUGGUCCGUAUUUACAAAAGCGGCGCAUACAUUUGUGGAGGCACUCUGAUUGCUGACAACUUUGUCCUUACUGCUGCAGAGUACUUUUCUGACUCAAAUCCAAAUCUUCAAGAUUGGGCUGUGUCUUUUGGACAAAGUGAGACCAGCUCUAUGGGUGUUGUGGAUGUUAUAAUGAGUGCUACCUCAGGAUCCAGCAUUGCACUGAUAAAGCUGGCCAUGUCUGUUAGCUACACCAAUGACAUCCAACCUGUAUGUGUGGACACUAUCAACACCACUACCUUCCCUGUUGGGAGUCAGUGCUGGGUAUCAGCCUUUGGAGUUAUGAGUGGGACCAGUGGAAACAAACCAACUCUCAGAGAUCUGAAAACUUAUGUUGCAAGCUGUGAGAGUGUUUCUGACCUGGGCAAUAUUUGCACAACUUCCAUGGAUGUUCAGCAGGGAGACCAGGGUGGCGCUCUUUUGUGCCGAUCAGGUGCCUCGUGGUUUCAGGCGGCUGUGAUCACUGUGAGAGGAGCUAAAACCUUCCACUCUGACAUCCAUGUCUUCACCAAAACUUCGAGUUUCGCUAAUUUCAUAAAGGAAACUGUGGGAGACAUGCCAUCUCCUGCUGCAGUGAAUACAACAGCCUCGGGGGGAAACUCAGCUGAAGUGUCUGUUCUGUUGCUUAUUGUUACCUCCAUAUUACUGUCUUUGUAA